AAGUCAAUUGUUUGCAAGUCAGCGUUCAAGGGGAGCCUUUGUAUAUUUAGGAAGACAGACUAGAGACGCUGAACCACACGUUUAGUACCAUGAGCACUGCGGGGAAAGUCAUCAAAUGCAAAGCAGCCGUACUCUGGGAGCCUAAGAAACCAUUCAGCAUUGUGGAAAUAGAAGUGGCCCCACCAAAAGCACAUGAAGUUCGCAUCAAGAUUUUGACUUCUGGAAUCUGUCGUUCAGAUGACCAUGUAGUAAGUGGUGCAUUAAAAACCAAAUUCCCCAUUAUUCUUGGUCAUGAAGCAGCUGGCAUUGUGGAGAGUGUUGGGGAAGGAGUUACCAGUGUGAAACCAGGAGACAAAGUGAUUCCACUUUUUGUGCCACAGUGUGGAGUGUGCAGCACUUGUUUACAUCCCAAAGGCAACCUGUGCAAAAAGAGCGACAUUUUUACCACUGGAUUAAUGGCCGAUGGCACCUCCAGGUUCACUUAUGAAGGAAAGCCAAUUCACAACUUCGCCAACACCAGCACAUUCACGGAAUACACUGUGGUCCACGAGAAUUCGGUGGCCAAAAUUGAUCCCGUAGCUCCUCCAGAAAAAGUGUGCCUAAUAGGCUGUGGAUUUUCUACUGGCUACGGUGCUGCCAUCAUGUCUGCAAAGGUGGAACCUGGUUCUACCUGUGCCGUCUUUGGCUUGGGAGGAGUCGGCCUCUCAGUGGUCAUGGGUUGUAAAGCAGCUGGAGCGUCCCGAAUCAUCGGUGUCGACAUCAACAAGGAUAAAUUUCCCAAGGCUAGAGAGCUGGGAGCCACGGAGUGCAUCAACCCUCUGGAUUUCAAGAAGCCCAUCAACGAAGUGCUCUUUGACCUGACGGGUGGGGAAGGCGUAGACUAUUCAUUUGAAGUGAUUGGCCGCACAGAUACCAUGAUUGCUGCCUUAGCUUCUUGCCACAUGAACUAUGGAACCAGCGUGAUGGUGGGAGUACCUCCUUCAGCAGCUCAGCUUACCUUCUCCCCGCAACUUCUCUUCGCAGGCCGCACUUGGAAAGGAUCUCUAUUUGGAGGCUGGAAAAGCAAAGAUUCUGUCCCGCAGUUGGUUUCAGAUUUCAUGGUGAAGAAGUUCACUCUAGAUCCAUUAAUUACUCACACUUUGCCUUUCGAUAAAAUCAAUGAAGGCUUUGAACUGCUCCGGGCAGGAAAAAGCAUUCGCAGCGUUCUCUUAUUCUGAAGUCCCUGGUGGCAAGGAAACAUACAAGACGAGAUUUUGCCUGCUGAGUUCUACCGGAUCAAUCCAUUACACAUUGUGUAAUAGGUCAUCUGUAGAAAUUAUUGGAUUCUGCUGGGUUGCCAGCAGCAGUGCUACUUCAUCAAUUCAUAUGUUGAUUCCAAGAUUCCAUUGCACUUUUUUUUUGUCAUGUGUAAUAGAAGACCUUGUAACUACAAGAUAUAACUUGUCUUGUGAUUAAAGCUUUCAGUAUUGACAGAAAUCAAUUUAACAACAAUGUAAUUGAAAAUUGAAACUUUGGGGGAGGAGGGAUGUUGCACUGCAUUCCUAUAUGGUAUGGUGGCUGGGGCACAAUGGGAGUUGUAGAGCUUUAUCCCAUGUACCUGUUUCCCUUGAAUUAUCCCCUACAGCGCUAAGCUGUCACCGUUAUUGUUGUUGUUGCUACCGGGCGGCUAGAUUCUUUGCAUACCAGGAAAUGGGUUUAAGGGGGGGAAUGUAAAGAAAUCAACAGAUGACUCAAUCCGAUUCAAAUUUGGUAUGCUUAAAGCUCUCUUUAAUAUCUAUUACUGUGCCAAUUUUGAUGUCUUUAUCAUUAAAGCUUAGGCAGAUGUAAGCAUUUGUUUAAUUUUUCUUCAAAUCCUGCUCCUGUGCCCCAGUGGCCGCUCGGAAAACAACAAAUGAUACGCUGGAAAACUAGCAGCAAAAUAUUGCACUUUUUUUGGUUAAGAAACGUAAUUAAAGCAGGAUG